AUGGCAGACAUUACAUCCGGCCCUACCAUUCCCAUUCCUGAAACCAAUUAUCUUUCCUAUAUUUUCGAGGGGCCCUACAAUGAAAAGAAAGCAUGGCCAUCAACAGAGCCAAUCCUGGUAUCUACUGAAGAGGCAGACCCUUCUUACACCAUCGAUAACAUCAAAGACUUCGCCAAGCGUCUAGGAUGUGGUCUUCAUCAUAUCGGGGCACGAGGAAAGCGGGUCAUGCUCUAUGGCGAGGCAAAUAUACAUUUCCCCCUUGCUCUCCUGGGGGUUAUGGCAGCAGGUUCUGCGUGCGCUAUUAUUCCACCUUCUUCCGUACACCACAUCGCAUUCUAUCUGCGACAGAUGGAGGCCGGGUUCAUUCUUUGCGGUCCCAAUGACGUACCGCGAACGUGUGAUGCCGCAAGUCAAGUGGGGAUCCCUCCAGAGCAUGUUUUUGUCGUGGACAGAUCGGUUUCCGAUAUCGGCUCCACCAAUGAGCAACAGGUACGGCAUUGGAGCUGGCUCUUGAGCGCCCCUGGAGGCAGUGAGUACGUCUGGCCACGUCUUGGGGAGGAGAGUAAAAAUGCCGAAGCAGUCUUAUUAUGUACAUCAGAAACGACAGGAAACCCUAAGCUGGCAGUCCGGACACAUUAUAACCUCGUUGCCAAUGCGGAGUCUGUGUUAUACAAUCGCAGUCGCGAAUUGAAGGAUGUGAAAGAUACGCUAUUCUGUGCUUUCAAGUUCUACGGGGUUGGAUUCAUCACACAUGCCCUGCUGGUAUCACUCAAAGCACGCACCAGGACCAUUUUCAUGCCCAAUUUUGAGAUGCAGACUUGGUUUCGAACAAUACACCGACUUCGUCCUACCUUAUUGAUGAUUCCAAAGCACGUUUUGAAUGAACUGGUUAUGUUCAAGGACGACGAUAAACCUGAUCUCUCCAGUGUGAAGUGUGUGAUCACCGGAGCUGCAACAAUCUCUUUAACAUUACGCAAUGCUUGGGCUGAAAAAUAUGGAAAUCCCCUCUUCUCCGUAAUGGGAAUGACCGAACUUGGAUUCGUCACUGGGGAGGAACUUGGCUUGCCUCGAAUAAAUGAUACCGUCGGGAAGUUGCUACCUAACGUACAAGUAAAGGUUGUCGAUGGAAAAGGUCAAUUCCUCAAACGUGGUCAGCAAGGAGAGCUGUGGUAUUCGUAUCCUGGAAUUAUGAAAUGCUAUUGCAACGAGCCUGAGAAGACGGCGCUCACUGUAACGGAAGAUGGUUGGCUCAAGUCGGGCGAUAUUUGCUCUAUUGAUAAAGAGGGCUAUUUGUACGUUGCUGGUCGAUCUAAGGACAUGUUUAAACUAAACGGGUCGGACAUCUCUGGUGCGCAAAUAGAAGGAGGCAUUAUACUCCAUCCGGAUGUAAAGGAAGCUAGUGUAGUUCCUGUCACACUUCCCGGCGAAGAAGAACCAGCACCCUACGGGUUUAUCGUGAAAAAGCCUGGGUCCAGCCUUACCAUCGACGAGUUUAUGCAAUGGAUAGCACAAGAGCUAACAGCAAAUAUGAAGUUGUACGGUGGUGUCUCAUUUAUGCACGCUCUUCCUUUAUCCACUUCUGGGAAUACGAAGACGGAUCAGCAAGCCCUGAAGAAGAUGGCACAGGCGGAAGUUGAUACUCGAUACAAAUCGAAGAAGGAUAGUUAGGGAUCAUCACAAACAAUUAUUAGUUAUCCUAUAUGCCCCUAUCCAGACAUCCAAGUCAACUUUUCAGGCAUAAUAGAAGGCAACCAUAAAAUAAUAACUUUAUGACG